AUGGAAGAGGAGAUCAAGAUGAUAGAGAAAAACAGAACAUGGCGACUUGUGGAGAAACCAGAAAAGAAAAACAUCAUCAGUGUGAAGUGGAUCUAUCGCAUUAAGACUAAUGCAAAUGGAGAUCCAAUCAAGCAUAAAGCAAGGUUAGUCGCAAGAGGUUUUUCUCAAGAGUAUGGUGUUGAUUACCUUGAAACUUUUGCACCUGUUUCAAGACAUGACACAAUACGUGUCAUACUUGCUCUUGCGGCACAAAAGAAGUGGCGGCUUUAUCAAAUGGAUGUAAAAUCCGCCUUCCUCAAUGGAGAGCUCGAAGAGGAGAUCUAUGUUGCACAGCCGCCUGGUUUUGUAGUUGAAGGAGAAGAAGACAAGGUUCUGUUGCUCCGCAAGGCUCUGUAUGGUUUGAAGCAAGCCCCUAGAGCUUGGUAUGGAAGAAUCGACUCAUACUUUCUACAAAGUGGUUUCCAAAGAAGUAUGAAUGAUGCAGCCCUGUAUGUGAUGAAGAAAGACAAGGAUGUCUUGAUCGUGAGUCUCUAUGUGGACGACUUGGUGAUUACAGGAAGCAGUUCUCAACUCAUUGAAAGAAAGAUUUAA